CGCGCGAUGUUCAGGCUAAGCAACCGACUUCCCAUCGCCCUCGGCAGUCUGCGCCACGCCUCCUCCGCCUCCGAGGGUCAGCGUACCGCCCUCUACGAUUUCCACGUGCAAAGAGGCGGGAAAAUUGUGAAUUUCGGAGGCUACGCCUUGCCGGUUCAAUACUCCGACCAGAGCAUCAUCGCCUCGCAUCUUCACACCCGACAGGUGGGCUCCAUCUUCGAUGUCUCGCACAUGCUGCAGACCCGGGUGUUCGGCAAGGAUGCGGCCGCCUGUCUGGAGUCCGUCUGCACGGCGGACAUCCUGGGAACUCCGGAUGGCAGUGGCACCCUCACCGUGUUUACCAACGAAACGGGCGGCAUCCUGGACGAUCUCAUCGUGAACAAAGUCAGCGAAAAGGAGCUCUACGUGGUCUCCAAUGCGGCGAUGAAGCAGCAGGACAUGGGAAUAAUGAGCGCAGCUGUGGAAACCUUCAAGUCCCAAGGAAAGGACGUAACCAUCGAGUUCCUCACCCCCAGUGAUCAAUCCCUGGUGGCGGUUCAGGGUCCCCAGGUGGCAACUGAACUAUCCAGACUUCUGCCAAAGGAAGUUUCCCUGGACCAAGUAUACUUUAUGAGAUCCUUUGUCACCUCCUUGGCUGGAAUCCCCAAUGUCAGGAUCACGAGGUGUGGCUACACCGGAGAGGAUGGUGUGGAGAUAUCUGUGGAAUCCAGCCAGGUUCAGAACCUCACCGAAUCCCUUCUUCAGAGUGGAAUCCUCAAGCUUGCAGGCCUUGGAGCCAGGGAUUCACUGAGAUUGGAGGCAGGUCUUUGUCUCUACGGCAGUGAUAUUGAUUCUAAAACCACGCCCGUAGAGGCAGCUCUGUCCUGGCUGGUCGCCAAAAGACGUCGCGCCACCCGCGAUUUUCCGGGAGCCGAAGUGAUCCUCGGCCAGCUGAAGGAUGGAGUUAGUCGGCGACGAGUGGGUCUCCAAAUGCUAGGAGCCAAGCCCCCGCCAGCUCGCUCCGGAGUGGCCAUUUUUAGCCAGGGGCAGCAGAUUGGUCAGGUGACCAGUGGUUGCCCGAGUCCCAGUGCUGGACGCAACAUUGCCAUGGGCUAUGUACCGGAGAACCUAAAGGCACCUGGCACGAAGGUGGAGUACAAGGUUCGCGACAAGUUCUACGAGGCCGAGGUCGCCAAAAUGCCUUUUGUGAAAGCCAACUAUUACAACAAGCCAAAGAAAUAAAUGUGCAGAAAACUUAACUG